AGACUCCAUUACCAUCCUUUCUUCAUCUGUUGUACUUUCCUCGCUUCAGAAGCAUUCCGCAAACUCGACAAAGGAGAAGAUGUUGGCUAUAUUCCACAAAACGGUCGCCCACCCUCCUCAGGAGCUCGGCUGCUCCGAGUCCACCUCCACUGUCCCUCCCAUGCCCGGCUACAGCCGGCGGCAACCCAAGAACCCCGACGAGAUCCUCAGGGACUUCCACUCCGCCCACCCCGCCCACGCCUUCUGUGCCACCUUCAGCGGCGGCGCCGCCCUCGCCUGCCUCGGCCCCCGCGCCCCGCCUCCCUCCCUCCUCCACCGGAGGUGGUUCUGUAGCUUUGAUGAAGUAUACUGCAUGUUCGUAGGGAGCCUCGACAAUCUGAGCUCCCUCGUCAGGCAGUACGGGCUCUGCGGCAAGUCCACCAACGAGGCGCUGUUGGUGAUCGAGGCCUACCGGACGCUGCGCGACCGCGGGCCGUACCCGGCCGACCAGGUCGUGAAGGACCUCGGCGGUAGCUUCGCCUUCGUCGUCUACGACAACAAGACCGGCGCCGUCUUCGCGGCCCUGAGCUCGGACGGCGGCGUGCCACUGCACUGGGGCAUCGCGGCGGAUGGCUCCGUGGUGAUCUGUGACGACAGGGAGAUCAUGAAGGGAAGCUGCGGCAAGUCUUAUGCUCCGUUCCCAGCAGGGUGCAUGUUCCACAGUGAGGGAGGGUUGAGGAGCUUCGAGCACCCGACGAAGAAGAUGCAGGCGAUGCCGAGGGUGGACAGCGAGGGAAUGAUGUGCGGCGCCAGCUUCAAGGUGGACGCCUUCUCGAAGAUCGCCACCAUGCCCCGGGUGGGCAGCGCCGCCAACUGGACCUCGUGGGAUGACUCCUACUGAACCCAAUUGCAGAUCUGAGCUGUUCCUCUAUGGAGACCUGUUAUCCUUGUUCCAGUUUCAAAGCAUGCAACUAAAAGUUCAAUCAAUAAAUAAGUUUCAUCACUGAUGAGACUCUCAUGAA